AUGGCUUCCGAAAAGCAAGCCAGCGACCAUGUCGAGAAGCAUGACUCGAUCGAGCCAGCAGGCAAUGUCCUGCCGGGCUUCUCAGACCAACAAACCACCAAUGAAGCCCACGCUGCCAUUCAAAAAGAACACAACAUGACCGCCAUGGAAGCCCUAAGGCUCUAUCCCAAGGCUGUGGCCUGGUCCCUCCUCCUCUCCUGCGCCAUCAUCAUGGAAGGCUACGACGUGGUCCUGAUCGGCUCAUUCUUCGCCUUCCCAGCUUUCAACGAGAAAUACGGCGGCCUCAUGUCCAACGGAAAGUACGGCCUCGCCGCCUCCUGGCAAGCGGCCCUAACCAACUCAAUGAGCUGCGGUCAGAUCAUAGGUCUCUUCGUCAACGGUAUCGUCUCCGAGCGCUACGGCUACCGCAAAACUCUAAUGGCCUGUCUCGCUACCACCGUCGGAUUCAUCUUCAUCCUCUUCUUCGCUCCAAAUGUCCAGACCCUCGUCGCCGGCGAGCUGCUCAUGGGUAUCCCCCUCGGUGUCUACCAGACGCUCACAGUCACAUACGCUUCAGAGGUAUGCCCCGUCGCACUGCGCGCCUAUCUCACCACCUACGUCAACUUGUGCUGGGUAUUCGGACAGCUCAUCGCCUCAGGCGUGCUGAAGGGUCUCGUCGAACACACCGAUCAGUGGGCAUACCGCAUCCCCUUCGCCAUCCAGUGGGUGUGGCCUGUGCCGAUCUUCAUUGGAGUGUAUCUCGCACCCGAGAGUCCGUGGUGGCUUGUGCGGAAGGAUAGACGUGAAGACGCCAUCAAGGCUGUGAAAAGACUCACGCGCGCCGAUCCCAACUUCAGCGCCGAGGAGACCGUCUCCAUGAUUGUGUAUACGAAUGCAAUGGAACAGCAAACCGAGAAUGGCGCUUCGUAUAUGGACUGCUUUAAGGGCACUGACCUGCGACGCACAGAGAUCGCGUGCUGUGUGUGGGCGGUGCAGAGUCUGUGCGGUAGCGGUCUGAUGGGCUACUCGACUGUCUUCUACCAGCGUGCUGGACUGGCGGACUCGCAGUCAUUUACGAUGUCGCUGGCACAGUAUGCGAUUGGAGUUGUUGGUACUUUCAGCUCGUGGCUGUUUAUGACGUACUUCGGUCGCCGCACGCUGUAUGUCGGUGGCCUGAUGAUUUUGGCUGUUAUCCUGUUUGUGAUUGGGUUUAUAUCGAUUGCGCCGGCGACUUCGGCGCUCUCGUGGGCUACGGGAUCGAUGUUGCUUGUGUAUACGUUCAUCUAUGAUUCGACUAUCGGGCCGGUGUGUUUCUCACUGGUUUCGGAGAUGCCUUCAUCGAGACUCCGGACUAAGACCGUUGUGCUGGCAAGAAAUACGUACAACGUGCUCAAUCUGGUGACUGGUAUUAUCAUUCCUUAUAUGUUGAACGUGGAUGCGUGGGAUUGGAGGGGAAAGUCUGGGUUCUUCUGGGGUGGACUUUGCAUUCUCUGUCUUGUUUGGUCGUUCUUCAGACUUCCUGAGCCCAAGGGUCGCUCUUAUGCUGAGUUGGAUGUUCUGUUUGAGAACAAGGUGCGCACAAGGGAGUUCCCGAAUGCGAAGACCGGUUUGGUACAGAGUGAGCUCGAAGGGGAGAAGGGCUCGGUUUAA